UUAGCAGACUGAUACUCUUGGCUGAGACAACCAUCGCUUGAAGAUGAGCAGAUUCAUUUUUAUAGCCAGCUUUUCACUGGCAUUGUGUCACUUUGGAUUGGCCUCCCAACUUAUAUGUUACUUCACCAACUGGUCUCAGUACAGACCUGAUGUUGGCAAGUACAUGCCAUCCAAUGUGGAUCCACAUCUGUGCACUCAUUUAAUUUAUGCCUUUUCCAUUAUUAAUAAUGAAAAUAAACUGACAACCUACGAAUGGAAUGAUGAAACUCUCUACCAGUCCUUUAAUGGCCUAAAACAAAGUAACUCCAACCUGAAAACUCUGUUGGCUGUUGGUGGAUGGGAAUUCGGCUCAGCUCAGUUUAGCAGCAUGGUCUCCAUGCCACAAAACAGACAGACCUUUAUUCAGUCCAGUAUCACAUUUCUGAGGACCCAUGGAUUUGACGGUCUGGAUCUGGACUGGGAGUAUCCUGGUUCUCGUGGAAGUCCUCCAGAAGACAAGCAGAGAUUCACUUUGCUCUGUAAGGAGCUUGUAGAAGCUUAUCAGGCAGAGAGUGCAGCCACUGGACGCCCCAGACUCAUGCUCACUGCUGCAGUGGCUGCUGUGAAAGGAAUCAUUGACGCUGGUUAUGAAAUUGCAGAAAUUGCCAAGUAUUUGGACUUCAUCAAUAUCAUGACCUAUGAUUUCCACGGCUCACAGGACAACAUCACUGGACACAAUAGUCCUCUGUACAGAGACUCUGGAGACACAGGAGACCAAAUCUACUACAAUACUGACUUUGCAAUGAACUACUGGCGAGAUCAGGGCGCUCCUGUGGAGAAGCUCAGGAUGGGCUUUGCUGCGUAUGGAAGAACGUUUCGCCUGUCGUCUGCGGACAAUGGAGUUGGAGCUCCAGCUAGUGGUGCUGCUUUAGCUGGAACAUACACCAGAGAAGCUGGAUUCUGGUCCUAUUAUGAGAUCUGUACUUUUCUACAAGGAGCCAUUGUGCAACAGAUUGUUGAUCAGAAAGUUCCUUAUGCAACAAAAGGACAGGAGUGGGUGGGAUUUGAUGACCAGGAAAGCUAUGAGACUAAGGUGGACUACCUGAAGGAGAAAGGCUUUGGAGGAGCUUUUGUCUGGUCUCUGGAUCUUGAUGACUUCAGUGGUCAGUUCUGUGGGCAGGGCAAAUACCCUCUUAUUGGACACCUCCACACGCUGCUUAAUAUCAGCAACACUGAUUUCCCAUCUCUCCCCCCAAGCACAACAGAUAAGGCCAGUGGGACCUCUACAACAGCAUCUGCUGCUGUACCUCAUACCACAAUACCUCCUGUUGUACCGACAGCUCCCUCAGGAUCAGACUUCUGUGCAAGCAGAUCAGAGGGCAUCUAUGCGAAUCCAGCUGAUCCCAAAACAUUCAUUCAGUGUGCCAAUGGCAGGACCUUCAUACAGAAUUGUCCUGCAACAACAGUUUUUGAUCCUGACUGCACAUGCUGUAACUGGCCUAAGAAAUAAGCACACUAAUAUCACUGAUUAUCACAAAGCAUAAUCAUUAGUAGCCCACAGUCAGACACAGCACUUUUUUCAAAUUAUACUUCAUUUGGUUCGAAAUACAAAGGGGUUUGAUGCAUGUGAAUCACAACAGAUUUUGUAUUUCACUUAGUAUAAAUCUGUGUGCUAUACGUUUUAACCCACAUAAACAUCAUUGUAUUCAUUCAUGCUACAGUUGAGUUUGUUUUAAAGAACUGCAUUGCUAUUAUUGGAUUUAUGUUGAUGUAAUUAAUUUUUGCAAUGCCGCUUCUGUCCUUUUUGUGUGCAAAGGGGAUGUUCACUGAUGUUAUAGCAACCUUUACAUAUUUAAAAUGUGUGGUUACCCCUAAAUUUAUGAAUAAAAAUAUGUUUACUGCAA